AUGGACAAUCAAGCUACAUCUCCAAAAAGGAAUCGUAGUGGACAGGUAAACAUUUUAAUAUAUAUUUUAUUUACCAAGAGUCACUUAUGGCUUGAAACCGAAAACCUUAUUUUUCGAUUUCAUUUUCGUUUUCAGUAUAAUAAAUGUAUAUAAAUCAAAAUUUGUUUUUUUAUAAUUACUUAGGUUGUUCAUACCGGCCAGAAACAAAUUAUUAUUAAUUUGUUCAAGGAUAUCCUCAUCACAGAUCCCGAUAUUAUGUAUGUCAAUUUACUGAUAAGAGUGUCUAUAGCAUGUGACAUUGGAAUCGGAACAAUUAAAAAGACCAUCAGUGAAUACAAGCGUACGGGCAAAGUAUACUCACAAAUGAACAAAAAAAAAAGUCCAACUGUAAUAGAUAAAAUGGACGAUUUUGACAAAGAUGCAAUUCUUCGAAAAAUGCAUGCAUUCUGGUUCAGACGAGAAAUUCCAACACUGCAAAAAAUGAAGCGUACGUCAUUCCAAAGAUUGUUAAAGAGCAUGCAAUUUGAGUACACAAAAAGGGACAGGAACAGUGCUCUUACCAAAGAGAGGAUCUUGUUACUUGGUGGCGUAGUUAUAUUUCUGACAUUUGACGUUAUCGACAGGAAGGACGAACAAUUUAUUUUUUGGAUGAAACGUGGGUCAAUGCUGGAGAUUGUUUGUCAAGAGUGCGGGUCGAUCAAACAAUACAGUCACACCGAAAUGCUUUUCUCAGAGGCUUAACUACAGGGUCACGUAAUCUACCAGGUAAAGGCAAACGGUUAAUUGUUGUUCAUAUAGGGUCGGCUGAGGGUUUCGUCGCAGGUGGUAUUUUGUGUUUCGAAACAAAAAAAAACACACCUGACUAUCAUGACGAAAUGAACGGCAAUACAUUUUUUGAAUGGUUUUGUGGUGUUUUACCUUUAUUGAACGAUAACUCGGUAAUAGUCAUGAAUAAUGCACCGUACCAUUCGGUGAAAACAGAACAAUUACCUUCCUCUACUUGGAUAAAGGCUGCCAUAAUUGAAUGGAUUGAAUUCAAAGGCAUAGAGACCACCCCGUCCAUGAUUAAAUUUGAUUUGUUAAAAAUUGUUCGAGAGAUAAAACACAAAUAUGAAUUCUACAUGGUUGACGAAGAGGCCAAAAAACAAAAAAAAACUGUAUUACGAUUACCGCCAUACCAUUGCGAACUUAAUCCCAUUGAGUUGGCAUGGUCGGUUGUAAAAGGACAUGUGAAGACAAAUAAUAUAACAUUUAAGUUAAAUGACGUUCGGCAAUUAUUAAACGAUGGUAUACAAAGAGUGACACCUGAAAUGUGGUUCAAUUUUGUUUCACACACAAUAAAAGAAUAGGACAAAUUUUGGCAGAUAGACUAUACUUCUGAUGAAAUGUUGGACGAAGAACCGACAUCGCACAUGUUCACGAUAACUGGAUUGACGACUUCUGAUUCAGAAAAUAGCGAUUGAAGAUUUUUAAAAUUAUUAUAAUAUCUUUGUAAAUGAUCAUGCUUAAUUUGUUAAUUUAUUAUUACUAUAAUUAUUAUUUGUACUGUUAAGUUGUAAUUUAUAUUAUUAUAAUAUAGGUACCUAUGGUAUUUAGUAAAAAAUAUUGCGUAUAUUUAUAAACAAGCUGGCAUAAUAUGGUAACGACAUAAAAAAAAAAAAAUAAUGAUAUUUCACCACGUAUUAUAUUAUAUUAUGUUUAUAAAAAAUACCGGUUGUAAUAUGUUACGCCGCGGCGACGCUAUUAAUUAGCUGUGUUUUUAUGAGCCGCUGUAUACACGUUACCGAGUAGUGGAAAUGGCGCCAUGGUGGGGAAAAAUUCGGGUACCAGACGUCGCGUUCGUCAGUAUCGAUGCGCGGUUUACGGACGGACUCUCGUGGGCCGUAGUAUAGUUAUAAAUCAAGCAACUAGUUCAGUUGAUAAACGUUUUAAACAAAUUGAAUCAUACAAAGUUUAUUUUGGGUUUUUAUUUCACAUUGGAAAUUUACGAUAAUGGUAACAAUUUAAUGAAAUAUUGUUGUAAAGACCUUGAAAUUGAUCUAAAAGAUGGGAAUUUGAAAGAUAUUGAUUUCAUGGAGUUGUAUAAUGAAUUAGUAAGUUUCAGAUUGAUAGUAAAUGAAGAAACGACUACUCUUGAAAUUUUGUCAGUGCUAAAAUAUUUAGAAUGUUUUCCAAAUAUUGGUAUUGCCCUUAGAAUUUUACUGAAAACACCAGUAACUUCCACAUGUGCUGAGAGAAGCUUUUCGAAAUUGAAAUUAAUUAAUACAUAUUUGAGAAACAAAUUAAGUCAAGAAAACCUUUCUGGUCUUUCAAUAAUUUCAAUAAAAAAAAUAUUUCUGAAUCUUUAG